AUGCUACGUCCUCGGUUGGCGUUCUCAGCGAAGUCCCACUAUGUCGCCAUGACCGUCAGCCGCGUUCUCCAAUUCCUACUUGCGCUUGUCAUUGUUGGGGUCGUUUAUAGGUACUGCUGGAUUGAUGUCUCCGACCCAUUCAAAUGCGGCGCCCUUCUCAAUAAAGGCCAAUGGCUCGAUCCUGGCCCAAGAUGGACCUCGAGAAACCCCUUCCAGAACUGGCAGCCCCCCGGGUGUAUUAUGCACGAAUACAUGAAGAAAGAUAUCCAGGAUUGCUUCCACAAACGAAGGCUAGUCUUCGUAGGAGACUCUACAACGCGCCAAAUCUUUUGUGCAGUCGCAAAGAAGAUGGACCAGGAGCGAGCAGAGGAGGAGAUCUCAGGGCUGUUAGACUCAAAUGCGAAGCAUACAGAUCUUGAGUUCGUUUCUGGCGGUGUUAGUGUCCAGUUUAUCUGGGACCCUUGGCUAAAUUCGACCGGACUAGACCAGGAGCUUAAGAAGUACAGAGCAGAGCCUUUGGAUGCAACUAUUGACGAAGAAGAUGAAAGCGCAGGCUUGAUAUUACUUGGGGCUCCGGGACUUUGGUAUGCACGGCAUAGCCAGGAGAAUUACUUUCGGGAUUUUCGAGAUACCAUUGAUGCCAUCAUACCAUAUAUGGAUCAUGCCUCCGGCGAGGAAGCAAUGGUUCCAAAGUCGCGGCCAUUUCCCUCUCGUUCACAGUCACCCAACUUCUUACUCCUUGCGCCAAUACAAGUUCCGUGGUAUCCAGCUUUGUCUCCGUCAAGAGAAGUAACAAUUACACCAGAAAAGAUCGACCAGAUGAACGAUUACCUCCAACAAGUCUCACAACACUCAAGCGCUGAUGUUGUCUGGAGCUACUCGUUGAUGAGCUGGGCUGGUAGCGGUGCAUAUGAAGAAAGCGGUCUUCAUAUUGUCAAUAACGUAGCUCAUCGUAAGGCAGAUAUUCUCCUCAACUUACGCUGCAAUUCCGAUGCUGCGUCAAAAGGAUAUCCCUUCAACCGAACGUGUUGUAGCAACUACACACACCCCAGUGUAAUUCAAUGGAUCGUACUCGUGUUAGGCCUGCUAUUACUGCCAACUCUUACAUAUAUGCGCCGGCACCAUAUUGCGAGAAUAAGCCGCAUGUUACCUUCUGCGCCUGUUCUGAAUGCACUGGCAAUCUUUGCUCUUGUCGUUUGUUUUUGUUUCUACGCGGAUCGGACCCAAGUCUUUGAGAAAGCACAAAAGCAAUUCCGGAAACGAGAAUUCUUAACGGCAUGCUCAACUUUGGCAAUCGCUGGUCUCCUCUCAGUGAAGAGAAAUGACCUCACGGCAUCGCGUAAAGGUGCAGGUACUUCCCAGGAUGACAGCUUUCUCUCGAGAACUCAGACGGAUGAGUGGAAAGGCUGGAUGCAAGCUUUCAUCCUCAUCUACCACUAUACUCAUGCCUCGAGAACUUUGUGGUUAUAUGAAAUUGUUCGACUCCUUUUCGCCUCUUACCUCUUUCUGACUGGAUUUGGUCACACACUUUACUUCCUGGGAAAAGAGGAUUAUUCUCUGAAGCGAAUUGCUGGCGUCUUGAUUCGACUCAACUUGCUGAGCUGUGUUUUGCCUUAUAUGAUGCGGACGAAUUAUCUCUUCUACUACUUUGCCCCACUGGUCAGCUUCUGGUUCCUUGUAAUCUACUUUACGCUUAGAAUCGGGAAUAAGCAGAACUCGAAUCUCACGUUUGUCUUUGCAAAAAUUCUUCUUUCAGUUGCGUUUACGACUGCAUUCACAAUGAUACCCGGCGUUCUGGAAUUUAUUGGUACUAUUCUAGGGUACACUUGUGGGAUCUCUUGGAAUAUGGGAGAAUGGCGAUUUCGUACAUUCCUCGAUAUGUACAUUGUGUAUGUUGGCAUGUUAACCGGCCUGCUUGUUCACCGAACGUCCAGACUUCGAUCUGGAUCCGUAAGGCCUACUUCGAUCAUCGACGCUGCCCUGCAACUCACUAUCAAAUACCACACAUCCUUCAAGACUGUAACAAUCGCACUCGCCCUCGGCCUCCUCCCUGGCUUCUGGCUACUUACCAGACGCUCACCCAACAAGGAGGACUACAACUGGUGGCAGCCCUACAUCUCCUUCAUCCCCAUCCUAUCCUUCGUCGUCCUGCGUAACUCGCACCGCGUCCUCCGAACCUACCACUCUGCGCUAUUCGCUUGGCUCGGCCGCUGCUCCCUCGAGACAUACAUCCUGCAAUACCACAUCUGGCUCGCUGGCGACACGACCGGACUCCUACGCCUCGGCCUCUGGAAUCACUGGGUCGAAGCCGCAAUCCUGACGCUCGUUUUCCUGUGGACGAGUCACGCGACGGCGGACGCGACGCAGGUGCUUGCAAACUGGAUCGUGAAUGGCAAUGGCAACAAAAUACCGACUACAAACCUCGGAAACGGGAACUUUGGCUUAAAUGCCAAAGCAUCACCCAGCAUCCUACCGCGCGUAGUAAAAGAAAAGGAAGAGGAAGUUCUUGAGGAGGCAGGAAAAUGGAAAGCGAAACCACGCAAUUGUUUAACGAGGUUCAGAAACAUGGAUGAUUUACGACGGAGAUUGGGAAUAAUCGGCGUUGUUUUAUGGAUUGCUAAUAUUACGUAUAAAUAG